CCGUCAACUCAAGGUCUUGAUAGAGAUCUUCUCAUCCCUGGGCCUUAUCAUUUAUGUCAGUAGACGUUGUUGUCUCACUGUGAAUAGACGCAUUAGGUUGUUCAGAGUCCAAUUGAAACCAUUCGCAGGAUUUACGUUCUGAGCGGAUGAGAAAUCCCAGACAACGAUGAUUCUCGAAAUCAUUCUCUUCCUCGCCCUCGUUCUCAUCCUUCGCCAUUGGCUAAAGAGACCCAAGGGAUUGCCACCAGGUCCUCUUGCGUAUCCGAUUUACGGCACCGGGGUGGCUUUACAGAUGAAGCAAGUAUUGAAUUACCAGAAGAAAUAUGGAGACGUCUUCACGUUAGAAUUCGCAGGAGUGAAAUUUCUCUACAUCUGCGACUACAAACUGAUCAAGGACGCCCUUGGAAGGACUGAGUUCUCGGAUCGACCGAGUUCGGAAGGAUUUCACUUCAUGACUGACGGGAAGGAAGCAGGAGUGAUCAUGAGCAACGGUCAAAGGUGGGUCAAUGCCCGACGGUUCCUCCUCCGGAACCUGAGAGAUUUGGGCAUGGGCAAAUCGAACCUGGACGAAGCCAUCAUCCACGAGGCCCGGUAUCUGAUUGAGGACAUGAAGCGAUACGCUGGAAAGCCUUCCACGUUUCCAGAGUCUUUGAACAUUGCUGUUCUUAAUGUAGUCUGGCAAAUGGUUGCAGGUCGGAGGUACGACUUACACGACGAGGAGGUCUGCGAUUUCAUCAAGAUCAUGAAAAUGCUUCAGGACGACUCCAUUGGGUUUUUCAUCCUCGAGACUUGUCCAAUCUUGAAGAAAAUUCUCCCAAAAUAUAUCAUCAACAAAUUCUUCGGACUGGAAGUUCUGGCUCAAACUGUGGCUGCUGCAAAGAAGCUGUUUGGGAAAGCGAUAGAAGCCAGGAAGGCCGAGCUGGACAUCAACCAUGCAGAGAAUGUGAUUGAUGAGUACCUCAUUCAGAUGAAUGACAAAUCAGAUAUUGCAGAGUUCUUCAGUGAGGGCGACCUGAUGAGGGUCAUCUUUGACCUGUUCACUGCCGGUUUCGACACGACCUCCAACAUGCUCAGGUGGAUGAUACUCUACGCAGCCAAGUACCCGGAUGUCCAGAAGAGAGUGCAGGAGCAAAUUGACGAAGUGGUUCCUCGUGGGGAGUUUCCCACCAACCAACACAAGUCACAGUUACCUUUGAUGGAAGCCUUCAUCCACGAAGUCCUUCGAAUGAGUUCUCUGGUGCCCUUCGGUGUCUUUCACGCCACUGGUGCGGAUACCCACCUAGCAGGAUACCUCGUGCCAAAGGGAGCAUUCGUUUUUGGUAUGACAGGAUUCUGUCAUCAGGAUCCACGGUACUGGGAAAGCCCUCAGGAGUUUAGGAUCGAAAGGUUCCUGGACGAGGAAGGAAAGUUCAUUUCCCACAAGGAAGGAUUCGCGCCGUUUUUGAUAGGCAAAAGGAGCUGUUUGGGCGAAUCUCUGGCCAGGAUGGAAAUGAGCAUUUUCUCAGCGGCUCUGUUCCAGAACUUCACUUUCUCGCCGCUAGAGGGACGGGAGAUCGACCUUACUCCGCAAAACUUACCUAUGGCGAAUUACGCAAAGGAUCAGGACAUUCUCAUAUCCGUCAGGAAUUGAAGUCGAUUGACUGUGCGUGCACGCUUAAGUCUGUUCAAGAGAUAUAUACAGUUUUACGUGAUCGUCAGUCUAUAGUUACAUAUAGGCUUAUAAGCCUAACUAAUGUCGUAGCUAUUGAUAUCACGUACUUUUUUUAAAACUAAAUUUCCUGCUAUUCUAAUCUAAACUUUAUAUUUUAAUGUAGGAAGCCUACAAAUUCUCGAAGUUUUUAAUAAAGAAUAUUCCCUACUUUACAUAA